AUGUUCCAGCUCGUCAAGAAACUCUUCAAACGGCAGAGUCCCAACACUAGCAUUGACUCUGACAAUGAACCCAAGGGCGCAUUUCAUAGAUUCGGUCAAUUGCCUCAGGAAAUCCAGAACUUGAUCUGGGCUUAUGCUCUAUGUGUUGAUGCUCCACGGGCCUACUUCGUGGAUGUCAGGAAAUUGUCUGACAACCCUCGAAUACUAGAAAUGGCACACUCUAUCCCAGCAAGUCUCGGUAGUUUUCCUCCUCCGCCGGCUUCAAACCCAAAAGGUGAUUAUGACCUGAUGCGAGUUUGCCGUGCAUCAUAUCAAGAGAUCACCCGCUGCUGGAACUUUUAUCGGCCGCAAGUCCCUGCACGCAUGAUACUCGACAACUCGCAUGACAAUGCCCUGAGGGUGAAGAAAUUAAGCAGCAUUGAUAUCGACGCAUCCAGCGACCUGGUCAUUGUCGAGAGAUGGUGUCACGGUAGUGACCGUGCGCCGGAAAUUACUGGCCACGUUGGAGGUCCAUGA